AGUCGAUAUUCAUAAAAAUGGCUCAACUUCAUAAGCUUGGAUUUGAAACUGAAAUAAAAUGCAGUGCCGAUAAGUUCUUUGGCAUGUUUAGUCACAAUAUAACUCAACUUCCUAAAUGUGUUCCUAAUAUAUACAAAAGUGUUGAAGUCAUCCAAGGAGAUGAAACUAGCAUUGGCUCCAUCAAGCUUUGGAAAUAUGAUGUCGAGGGAAGGGAAAUGAUAGUCAAGGAAAAAGUAACAGCGUUCGACAAGGAAAAGAGGUCGAUCACUCAUGAAAUGGUCGAAGGAGAACUCGCCAAUUACUAUAAAGCUAUAGCCGUGAAACUUGAUGUGGUUCCAAAGCAGGGUGCAGCUGGAACUGCGAGCUUGGUAACAUGGUCUCUAGAGUUUGAGAAGGUUAAUGAAGAUAUCCCUAAUCCAACGGCUUAUAUUGAUGCCCUCAAACUAACCACCAUGGAAGUGAGUUCUCAGCUCUGCUGAAAACAGUCGUUAUAACCAUCACUAAGAAACCCCAAACUACGUAGUCCGCCAUAUAUAAUACUAUAUAUCUAUAGAAUAAAAGUUCCACCUUAAUCGUUUGGUUAAGCAUAUGUACUUUCAAAUCUUUUGAUUUCACUUUGCAAUGCUGAAUGGGUGUGUAUGCUUGUGUUUUGUUUGUAUGUCGAUCCUCUAUAUUAACGGAAAUGAUAGACAUCCCGCAGGUUGGAUUUCGCGGAUUGU